UCGAUCUUUUGGCGGAUGCUGCUGACAGGCAGACUACGAUGUUUCUCCAACAGGAGAGUAGGAGAUUGGCUGAUGAACUGCAGCAUAUGCAGACGCAGUUGCAAGCACUGUCAGAUAGUCGGCAGAGAGCAUCGAGGGACUGGAUUUCCUCUCGUUGGGCGUCGACGCCCAUUCCGCCACAGCCAAAUUUCUCCUCCGUUGAAGCCACAUGUAGCAAGGCGAGAUGCACUAUGCCCACUGCAGAGGCUACAGCUCAUGCCGUGGAUAUAAAUACUGGCAUUGAUCCUCCGCAAUGCAGGACGCCUCCUGUUUUGCCUGCUAGGGACCCCAGUCCAACUAAUCAUGAGAAGUCCGCUGACAGUGGCUUUGAUCUUUCGAAGGCAAUAUCGACUCUCGCCGAUGUGUUGGUGCGGCGGGGGGAAGGACUUCCUAAAAAGGAACCGGAAGUUUUCAAAGGCGACAUCUUUUCGUAUCCAUCCUGGAAAAAUUCAUUUAAUGUGUUGGUUGAGGGCAGAUACCCAUCAGCUAUGGACAGAUUGUACUAUCUCGGUCGUUACACUGCAGGAGAUGCAAAGCGUUGCAUUAAAGGCCUGCUUGAUUUGAACACCUGUGAAGCAUAUGCUAAGGCAAAGCAGAUUCUCGAAGAGCGUUUCGGAGAUCGGUUGAAGUUGUCUGAGAACUUUCGUAAUCGCUUAGACAAGUGGCCGUCAGUCAAGCCUGGUGACGGUAAAGGCAUGCAGGAGCUAUCGGAUUUCUUGUGCGAGUGUGAGACGGCUAUGACCAGUUUGUCAAAUCUGAGUAUUUUGAAUGACGCGAUUGAGCAACGCCGUGUGAUAGACAAGUUACCUCGUUUUAUGCAAGAAAGGUGGCUCACAGUUGUGGAUAAAUGGAGAUUUGGAGCUGAUAGUGACGGGUCCGGCCAGGUUGUGAACGACUCAUAUCCACCAUUUUCCAGACUUGUACAGUUUGUAAAGAAACACGCGCGAAUCAUGUCAAAUCCAAUCCUGGAUAGGUCGUCCAGCGCACCUACCAAAUCCGUUGUUAGUGUGAAACCUGCGCAGAGAUCCAGCUUCGCUACCGGAACAGAAACUAUAACUGAAAAGGCCACAGGGCCAACAAAGUGUGUGCUCUGUCCAAAGGACAACACUCAUGCAAUUGACUCAUGUGUGAAAUUCAAGAAUAUGUCUCUUAGUGAUAGAAAGGAAGCCGUAAAGAAGCAUGGGUUGUGCCUGGGGUGCCUUAAAUGGGGUCAUCGGGUUAGGGACUGCAAAAGCAAGCAUAAAUGCAAAACCUGCUCUCGUGCCCACCCCACGCUUCUUCACGACGACUCUUUCAAACCUGUUGAAUCUACUGUGCAUUGUACAGAGUCAAGUGAUGUGGGCUCAGAAUGUCUGCACACUAUGAUUGUGCCAGUGUAUGUGUAUCAUGUAGACGACCCCUCGCGGGAGGUGUUGGUUUACACAUUGUUGGAUGAUCAAUCUGACACUUGUUUCGUAUCUGAGUCAGUGCUGGAGGGCAUUGAUAAGAGAGGUGAUAGCACCUAUCUCAAAAUCAACACAGUGUUGGCAGAAGGUGUUGUGCCAGCUGAGCGGGUGACAGGCCUCAUGGUCCGGGGUUUUGGUGAAUCUGCAAAAAUAAGCCUCCCUGUAGUCUUUUCGCGUAAAGGCAUCGGUGCCUGCCGCUCACAGAUACCGCGUCAAACCAGCGCGAAACAGUGGCGCCACCUCAAAGGGGUGGCACCUAAGAUUAUGCCAUACCGUGAGGAUAUCGAGAUUGGCAUGUUGAUCGGUCAAAAUUGCGCGCGCGCCAUCAGGCCAAGGCAGAUUGUCGCUGGGGGAGAAGAUGAUCCGUAUGGUGUUAAAACGGCGCUAGGUUGGGGCGUGGUUGGCAGGAUGGAUAAAUUAGGGUCAAGGCUUGCUAAUUCACAAGAUCGUUUCGUGUACAGAACUCGUACAAAAGAAAUUAACCCCUCUGAUAUUUUGCAGGUACUCGGCCAAGACUUUGCCGAUACUAAUGAUGUUGAUUCUCAUUCUCUAUCUGUUGAAGACAGGUUGUUCAUUGAAAAGGUUUCCAGUGGCAUCAAACUCCGUGAUGAUGGACACUUUGAAAUUCCCCUCCCGUUUCGUGAGGAUCAGGUGAGACUUCCCAACAACCGAGUGAUGGCUAUGAAGCGUACGCAGAGUCUCAAGGCGAGGAUUAGAAAGGAUGCUAAGUAUGGUGAAGAAUAUGUGAAAUUCAUGAGUAAGCUCAUAGAUGCCGGCCAGGCUGAGAGAGUGCCAGAAAACGAAUUAGAUCUGGACAAUGGUUCUGUAUGGUACAUUCCCCAUCACAUGGUCUCACAUCCUCACAAGGAGGGUAAGUAUAGGGUCGUGUUUGAUUGCGCCGCGUCCUAUCAAGGAGAGGCAUUGAAUGGCCAUUUGCUCCGGGGACCGGAUUUAAUAAACAAUCUUGUCGGUGUCCUGGCCCGCUUCAGGAAGGAAGAAGUGGCAUUCACGUGUGAUGUCCAGGGUAUGUUUCUACAGGUGGUCGUGCCCCCCCGCCACAGAAAUUAUUUGCGAUUUCUGUGGUGGGAGGACGGCGAUGUCAGCAAGGAGCCAGUUGAUUACAGGUGUACUGUGCAUCUAUUUGGCGCGACCUCGUCUGCAAAUUGCGCAAACUAUGCCCUAAAGGCAACAGCUGAGAGAUUCAAGGACGACUACGAGCCCCAGGUGGCGACUUUCUUUAACAGGAAUUUCUAUGUAGAUGAUGGGGCCACCUCCGUUUUGACAACAAGUCAGGCUAUUAGCCUAGCUUUGGGCUCUGUGAGUAUGGCUGGGAAGGGAGGGUUCACCCUUCACAAGAUACUUUGCAACAAUAAAGAGGUGUUGAAACAUAUUCCCAAUCAAUACUUGUCAGAGAACCUCCAAUGUCUUGAGCUUGGUAAUACUCAACUACCUGUUGAAAAGACUCUAGGAGUUGUGUGGUGUGUUGAAUCUGACAUGCUACGAUUUAGGGUGGAGAUCAAAGACAAGCCAUUGACCAGACGUGGCUUGUUAUCCACCGUCAGUUCCAUCUAUGAUCCCCUUGGUCUAAUAUCGCCUUUCAUACUUACAGGAAAACGAAUUCUGAAGGAGUUGUGUUUGAGUGGUUCUUCCUGGGACGACCCUCUUCCUGACAAUGUAAGGAACGAGUGGGAAAGAUGGAGGACCGAGCUGCUAGAAUUGCCCAAGGUUUCCAUUCCUAGGUGUUAUCGGGCUGGCACGCUUGAAGGGCCGGUGACUAAUGUCGAGCUACAUCAUUUCAGUGAUGCUUGCUUCUCUGGGUAUGGUCAGUGCAGUUAUGUUCGGCUUGAAGACGCUACCGGUAACUGCACUACUUCUCUGGUGAUGGCCAAGUCGAGGGUUACUCCUGCCAAAGCUGUGACAAUUCCCAGGCUGGAGUUAACUGCGGCACUCCUGUCAGCUAGGGUUGGUAAGUUCCUUGGCAAAGAACUAGAUUAUGACCAGAUAGAACAUUUCUACUAUACUGAUAGCAUGGUUGUGCUUGGCUAUGUGAAUAAUGAAAGCAGAAAUUUUCACAUUUUUGUUGCAAAUAGGGUGCAGGAAAUUAGAGACUUGACUAACAUAGCCAAUUGGAGACAUGUUGACACUGCGCAGAAUCCUGCUGACAUGGCAUCACGUGGCAUGAAUGUUUCUGAGCUUUCAGCUAGCCGCCUUUGGUGGCAGGGCCCAGAAUUUCUCGUUUCAGGACCAGUGCCGACCCUUCCUGAAUGUCCAGUGGUGAAAGAUGACCCUGAGCUGAAGAAGUUCGUGUUCAAGACAGAUGUUGUUCCUGUACCAGAGGUGCCUGACAUGGAAAGCAGGUUCGCCAACUUCUCCUCUCUGUUGAAACUGAAGAGGGCCAUGGCUGUGAGCAUGAAGUAUGCCAGGAAAUUGAAGAACAAGGAUCCUGACACUUGUCCUCCAGUCACUACUGAUGACCUGAAGCAGGCAGAGGAUCAGAUAAUAAGGUUAGUCCAAGGUAAGGCGUAUCCUGAAGAGCUAGCAUCCCUGAGCAAAGGGACUAGAUCUGCUGUCAAAGCUGGCAGCAAAAUUGCGCCAUUGGAUCCCUUCCUGGAUGAUAAGGGGAUUAUUAGAGUUGGUGGUCGCCUGAGUCGAUCAUCCAUGUCAUAUGAAGUCAAGCAUCCAGUCUUGAUUCCGCGUACUUGUCACUUGGCUAGCUUGAUAGUUAAACGUUUCCACCAGAAGGUUGGUCAUUCCGGUAGAGGAAUGACGUUAAACAGUAUCAGACAGGCUGGGUUUUGGAUUGUAAAUGCCCGGUCGAUAGUUGCUAAGUUCAUCAUGGGCUGUGUGUGUUGUAGAAAGCUUCGGGGAAACCCCUGUGUUCAAAAAAUGUCUGACCUGCCUACCGACCGCUUGGAGCCAGCCGCCCCCUUCAGCUAUGCUGCCGUUGAUCUAUUUGGCCCUUACACUGUCAAGUCCGGUCGUAGCGAACCCAAGCGUUGGGGUGUUAUGUUCACGUGUCUGGCCAGUCGUGCGAUUCAUAUCGAGACCGCAAAUCAAUUGACCACAGAUUCAUUUCUCAAUGCGUACCGCCGAUGUGUGAGUAGACGUGGCAAAAUCCGAUUUUUGCGAUGCGAUCGUGGUUCGAACUUCGUAGGUGGACAGAAUCAAUUGUUAGCAGCUUUGCAGGAAAUGGAUCGCGAUAAGAUCAAGCAUGAGUUGCUGAAAGACGAUUGUGACUGGGUUGAUUUCGAAAUGAACUUUCCUGUGAGCAGUCACAUGGGCGGUGUAUGGGAACGAAUGAUUGGCGCAGCGCGUAAGGUGUUGUCUGCUCUGCUCAUGGGCACAGGAGCUCAGCUUGAUGACGAGUUGUUACGUACAUUACUCUGCGAGGUUGAGUACAUAGUUAACUCGCGCCCGUUAACAGUUGUAGAUUCCACUUCUGCGGACCUAGAGCCCCUGUCACCAAUUCAGCUGCUUACCCUGAAAUCUCAGGUGGUGAAGCCACCGCCGGGCAAGUUCGUUAAACAGGACAUAUACUCUAAGAAAAGGUGGCGUUGUGUACAGGCUCUUGCUAACCAAUUUUGGGAGCGUUGGCGUGGCGAAUUUUUGGUAAUGCUGCAGCCUAGGAAGAAAUGGCUCAGCCAGCAGAGAAAUCUUGAGCCUGGUGAUGUUGUAAUGCUCGUAGAAGAGGGCCAGCCUAGAUGCGCAUGGCCUCUGGCUCGUGUUACAAAGGUGUGUCCUAGUCAGGACAAGUUGGUCAGAAAGGUUGAAAUUUUUGUUGGGAAAACCAAAUCCCUGUUGGAUAGACCAGUACAUAAGUUGAUCCUCCUGGUAAAGAACCGGGACAAUCCUGUUGAGGAGAGUGAAACUCUGGAGUAGUUGAGCCUUUUCGUGGGCCGGGUUCUGGUUUUUGGGCUCCAGGACCUGGGUCAUGGAUUGUGCUCCAUGUAUGAGUUAGUCUUGACUGGGAUGAGAGAAAUCUGACAGUUAUUUUGUUUCCUAUGACUGUGUGAUUUCUCUUCCCCCUUGGUACAGGUUGCUAAUUUGAAGCAACUGGUGCUUAUAUGUAAAGAUUGCUCGUGGGAGCAAAUAGACAUUUUUCUAAAAAACAUGAUGUUUGCACUUCUCUGUAUUUUGAAUUUUUACCUGCGUGUAAUUAAGAUAGUGUAUUUGUGUACUGUACAUGUUUGUGAUGCUUAAGAGGGGUUUUUGAAGCAUUAUGAGCAAGAAAGUUGGAAAAGUUUCGGUUUCAUAGUGGAAAUUUGAAUUUCCUAGUUGCUUAGAUAGCAGAGUGAAAAGUUGAAUGUGUCUGUAAGUUUAGUUUGACUGACUUUCUGUUUUAAGGUCAUUUCAGCAAAGUUUAAAGCUGAACCGUGGAAUUUGAGGUUCACUUGAUAUGUUUAAAGCUGACCUGUGUUUUUAAUGGUCACUGUUUUGGUUCUGAUUUCAAAAGUUUUUUGGUUUUUUUUGUUUGUUUGUUUUUUUUGUUUUGUAUAGUGUUUGUAAACUGUUUUGGGCAACAGUUUAGGAGAGGCAUGUGACGGCCGCCAAGUGCGUCCUGAAGAAAUUUGAAUUUGGCGCCUUAGUUUUCGCGCGCUUGGGUGGCGGCGCUGCUGUCUCAGCUUCCGCCCAACUCCAUUGAAUUUUAAUUGUCAAAGUUUAGGACGCAGUUGUCCUCUUUUGUCCGCCUUUGCGGUGAAAGUUUCGAGGCCUUGUCAGACGGGAUAAAGUCUUUUACGUCAGCCUCAUCGAUGUGUACUAUACUCCUCACGAUACGAGGUCCUUAUCCAGAAUAAAGACGCCUCUAUUCUCAAUGAAAGUUUGAGUACAUUUUUA